ACUGCAGGACGGGCAAGUACAGGGGGUCCUCCCAAGUUUCAAUAUACCAUCCACCCAGACCCAGAGAGAAGCUCAUGAUAUCUUAGCUUCCAGCUUUCCAGGCUUCGUCCCAAUUUAUGCGCAGCCAUAGAGGAAACCUCGGAGGCUGGCAUGCAUCUUUAUGAAGGAUAAAGAUCUGUUAGAUGGCCAUGGAUGGUCCAUCUUGCAGGUUCCUCUCGUGGUUUACAUGUUUUGCAGCUUUCGUUGUCCUGGAGGCCAUUGUUCCUGCUCAUUCAUGGUGCACUCCAAAUCCCAGCCCGAGGCAUGAAGCAAGGUUCAAGCAGAAGACAAACAAGUUUUGGGAGUACCAGGAACAGAGUAAUACCUGGGUGGAAAUAAGCGUGCCGUUCGACUUGAUGUCCUGUAUCAAUGGUACCUGCACAAAGGUAGGAUCAAUCAAGCAACUGACGAGGAAACCUGGUCAUGAUCCUCCUGUUCAUAGUCAAGAGGAGGAAGAUACAAGGCUUCAAGGAGAUGAUGCAGAAGACACAAAUGACCUGGUCCUGCCCAUACGGAAAAGAAUUUCCUUGACAAGAAUGUCAGAAUCAUCAGUUUGGGUGACAGGCCAGAGUGGAUCGAUCUACGAGAGGUUCUGGAAUGGGGUGAUGUGGGUGAUUGCUCCUCAUGAACUCCCUACUUCAGCUGGAUAUGCCAUAGCAACUUUCAUUGUGAAUACAACUAUUCUUGCUCUGUCUGAAGCUGGAAUCCUCUACCAGUUACAGCUAAAUGAGCAUGCCCAGCCUAUCUGGACAGAGAUGACAUUCAACUCUGGCCAGCAGUUCACGAAUCUUGGAUUAAAAACACAAAGUCAAGCUAUGCGUAUAAGAAAUGGGAUUGCAUCCAAUGAUGGAAGAUGUUUCCUAAUCAGGAAACUUUUCCUAUCUAUCAUGAAUGGAUCCCUGCUUGAGGUAACAGAAACUCAGCCUCUAAGGUGGAAUUACCAUGGGCGUCCUCCAGGAGCAGAUGUGUCGUACAUAUCUGAUGCUGGAAAUCUGCGGCCAGGGACAUUGUUCACAGUAAGUUCCACUGGAGACCUCUACGAGUUUGACAAAGAAACAAAGCCAUCAUGGAAAAAGCAUAUAUGGAGUGAAGAACUGACAGAAAAUAUCUCAUUAAGAUCAUCAGCUGGCUGUGCUUUACAUGGUUUGUCAGGGUCUAACUCAGUGUCCCUUUUCCUGAUAACCAAGGAUGGCCUUUUAGUGGAGCGGCGCUUGCACAGAAGGAAGUGGAAGUGGGACAAACAUGGAGCUCCUACGGGUCAGAGACUUAGUUCAAUUACACAAGUUCAGCAGGAUGAACUCAAUGAUGCAACUUCAAUGUUUUUAACGACAACCACAGGAAGAGUAUAUGAGUAUCAGUUUCCAAAAUAUACAGGUGGGGGCCAAAGCAAUAAGAUAAGAGGACAAUGGAUAAAUCACAUGUCCCCUGAGCAUGCAAAGGUUGCAAGAAACGUCCCAGGUGUACAUGUUCAAGUCGGCAGAAUGAUAUUCCCACUAGAUGAUGGCAGGCUUGGGGAGCUACAUUUUCCUGGGAUGGGGGGUGCUGAUUUUGGUCCGAGUCCCCAAAAUACCAUAAGAAGAAAACUAUCAAACAAGUACGAGUGGUCCAUCCUAGAUGCACCAGAAACAGAAGGUUGGAAUGCAGAAUAUUGCAGUGAAGAGCAUGGUCCGACAAAUUGUAUUACUGGAGCAAAGAAUAUAGUUACAGACACUGAAUCAAAUGACUUGAGCAAUACCCCACCUUCCAGGAGGCGUAAAGUAGAAGAUAAGCAGCACUACCUAAAUGUUAACAGCUACCAGCAGAGUGAUGAAACUGAAUCAUACAACUUCCUAUCAAGGACCAUUGAUCUUAACUUCCACAUGCGGGUGAUGCAUGCAGAUAGAUCGCUUUUCCUUAUAGCAGACAAUGGAUUGACUUUUGAAUAUUUAAACAGCAAUGGUAUUUGGUUGUGGUUAAGACAUGAACAUGUUACAGCCAUGAAAGGAACACUAGGAAGCUACAAUGGCAGUUUGUAUCUUGUCGACGUGCAUGGGAACUUACACAUUAGAGAAAGAAAUGGAGACGAACUGUUGUGGAUUAACUGCACAGCGAUGAAGAAGGGAAGACAGGUAGCAAGUGGGUCUCCAUGGGAUGGCAUCCCUGGUCUCUUGCGCAGAGUGACAACAGAUGAUGCACUCUUCUUUGUUAACAAGCGAGGCAGGCUGCUACAGUUCACGGUUGCGCUGCGGAAAUUCAAGUGGAAGGACUGCCACAGCCCACCUGACACUAAGAUUGCUUUCAUAGUGGACCAGGAGGUCUUCAGAAGAAACGUCAUCUUCGUGGUAGGCCGCAACGGCCGCCUCUACCAGUACAACAGGAUCACGGAGCUCUGGCACAGGCAUUACCAAUCACCUCACCUGGUCCUCUCGCGCACCCCAGGGACCGCCAUGCGACCAUCGCCGCUGUCCCUGGCCGGCUCCCUGUUCAUGGUGUCCGAGCAUGGGGGCCUGGUGGAGUACCACUUCAGCCCGAAGGACGGGUGGGAGUGGGUGGAGCACGGAACGCCCCACCGGGACGUGACCCUCGUCGGCGCCCCGGGCCCGUGCUUCGACGGCUCCCAGCUGUUCGUGGUCGGCUCCGACGGGCACGUGUACCGGCGGCACAUGGAGGGGAGGACGUGGAGGUGGACAAGCCACGGGCACCCGCCGUCAGAGCCGGCCGCUGUUGAUGAACAGAGCUGCGCCACACCGGGCACGGGCCCCGGCGCCGGCGCCGGCGCGCACUACGCGGACGGGUUCAGCGGGAGCUGCGACGGGAAGGUGGCAGCCGUGCGGCCGGUGCCGUUCUCAGAGGACGCCGUGGUCUUCGAGCUGCGAGAUGGCCGGCUGGCGGAGCUGCGGCGGCCGCCCUCCGUGGAGGGGUGCGGCGGGUGGGAGUGGGCGCGGAUCAUCGGCACGCCGGCCAGCGCCUGUAUGACCAGCUACUGGACGGCCGUCGCCACGUAGCCGCCGCCGGCCGCCGGGGCGCGACUCACGAGGCCGGCAGGCCGCGCUGGGCUGAUUGGCUCAUCAAAGGAAGGAAUGGACUGCCAGCCCAUGGCCAACUCGGAAGUUGGAAAUGAUCCACCACGGUCACGUCCACAUGGGUCUAGGCCGUAUCCUGGCAGGAAUUGGGCCUCCCAAGCAAAGGCAGAAAGGAACUCUCCCAGAAAAAAAAGGAAAACGACUAACGUAGUACUUGUCUCAAAGAAAGAAACUUAAAUACAACUAGUGAGUAAUAGUGUAUUAAUAACAUUUGUAAAUUAAAGUAUAAUAUUCAGAGAAAUCAGGCUUAUGAUUUUGGCUGAAAUUAGUGGGUAUUAGCUUUAACAUUGUACUAUAAUCUAAAAUUUCUCUCUUCUUUUCUUGUA